AGGAGAGGCCACGGAAGGGUCACCCAGCGCUGGGGGCCUCAGCAACAGCAGCCAGUGAGGGCAAGCGGCCCAAGCCUGCCUCUGCGAGCCUAGGGGGGGUGGGACCCUGGGCUCCAGCCGCCUGAUUGUUGGGAGGGAAGGAGCCGCUCUUGACGAAUUGACUGGAGAUGGCUCGAAUUACACCGUUUGCUGUGCGCGCGUUUGUUUUGCUCCCGGUUUGUCCCGGCGCUCCCAGAGCUGGCGGGGUUCAGGAUUACGCCGGAGCAGCCCGACGCUAGCCUCCGGCUUUGGGUUUUGCCGUAGCGCUCGCCUUCCCGUAUGAGGUAGUUAAACAAUAUUACCAAGAAGCUGGUGCUAUUUUUCGCCAGCCAUGAGGCUGCGUCUGCUUUGUGUGAUGCUAUUGACUGUGUCGUGGUGCCUAGCUGUCAGCUUUCCUGAAGACGAUGACCCUAUUAAUGUUGUUGACUACCAUUAUUCAAGGCAAUAUCCAGUAUUUAAAGGACGCCCUUCAGGCAAUGAAUCUCAACACAGGCUGGACUUUCAACUGAUGUUGAAAAUUCGAGACACACUUUAUAUCGCUGGCAGGGAUCAAGUUUAUACUGUAAACUUAAAUGAAGUUCCCAAGACAGAAGUUACUCCAAGCAAAAAAUUAACCUGGAGAUCGAGACAGCAGGACAGAGAGAACUGUGCCAUGAAAGGCAAACACAAAGACGAAUGUCAUAACUUUAUUAAAGUCUUUGUUCCCAGAAAUGAUGAGAUGGUGUUUGUUUGUGGUACAAAUGCAUUUAACCCCAUGUGCAGAUACUACUGGCUGAAUACCUUAGAGUAUGACGGAGAGGAAAUCAGCGGAUUGGCAAGAUGCCCAUUUGAUGCCAGACAAACCAAUGUUGCCCUCUUUGCUGAUGGGAAAUUGUAUUCAGCAACAGUAGCAGAUUUUCUGGCAAGUGAUGCUGUUAUUUACCGCAGCAUGGGAGAUGGAUCUGCCCUAAGAACAAUAAAAUACGAUUCCAAAUGGAUAAAAGAACCACAUUUCCUCCAUGCCAUAGAAUAUGGCAACUAUGUUUAUUUCUUCUUUCGAGAAAUUGCUGUAGAGCAUAAUAAUUUAGGCAAGGCUGUGUAUUCCCGUGUGGCACGCAUAUGCAAAAAUGACAUGGGUGGCUCCCAGAGAGUGCUGGAAAAACACUGGACUUCAUUCCUAAAAGCUCGGCUCAACUGUUCUGUUCCUGGGGAUUCAUUUUUCUACUUUGAUGUUCUGCAGUCAAUCACAGACAUAAUAGAAAUCAAUGGAGUCCCUACUGUUGUUGGUGUAUUCACCACACAGCUAAACAGCAUCCCUGGUUCAGCCGUUUGUGCUUUCAGCAUGGAUGACAUUGAGAAAGUAUUCAAAGGAAGAUUUAAAGAACAAAAGACUCCAGAUUCUGUCUGGACAGCUGUACCUGAAGACAAAGUACCAAAGCCCAGACCCGGUUGCUGUGCAAAACAUGGUCUAGCAGAGGUUUACAAAACCUCCAUUGAUUUCCCAGAUGAAACCUUAUCCUUCAUCAAAUCCCAUCCAUUGAUGGAUUCUGCCGUUCCAUCAGUCAUCGAGGAGCCCUGGUUCACAAAGACACGGGUCAGAUUUAGGUUGACUGCAGUUGCUGUAGACCAUUCCGCUGGACCCUACCAAAACUACACAGUGAUAUUUGUUGGCUCUGAAGCAGGAGUGGUACUUAAGAUCUUGGCAAAGACCAGACCCUUUUCUUUGAAUGACAGCGUAUUACUGGAAGAGAUUGAUGCUUAUAAUCAUGCAAAAUGUAAUGCAGAGAGUGAAGAGGACAGAAAAGUCAUUUCCCUUCAGUUGGAUAAAGAACACCAUGCUGUAUUUGUGGCAUUCUCCAGUUGUGUUGUUAGACUUCCCCUCAGUCGGUGUGAGCGUCAUGGAUCAUGUAAAAAGUCUUGUAUUGCUUCACGAGACCCAUAUUGUGGCUGGCUAGACCAGGGGGCAUGUGGAAGGGUGAAACCUGGCAUGUUGUUCUCUUUGUUUGUUUCAUACAACCACAGCACUGGAGGAUAUGAGCAAGAUGUAGAAUAUGGCAAUACAGGACAGCUUGGGGACUGCCAUGAAAUUUUGCCUACUACAACUACACCAGAUUACAAAAUAUUUGGCGAUCCAACAUCUGACAUGGAGUUAUCCUCAGCUUCCAUUACCACAAUGGCAAGUAUCCCAGUUAUAUCACCUAAAGUGAUUGGUUCCUGGAAACCUAAAGUGACUGGCUCUCGGAAAUUUGUAGUUCAAGAUGACCCAAACACUUCUGAUUAUUCUGAUCCAUUAUCAGGUGUCCCAAAGGGUGUAAGGUGGGAAGUACAGUCAGGAGAUUCCAACCAAAUGGUACACAUGAACGUCCUGAUCACUUGUGUCUUUGCUGCUUUUGUCCUGGGAGCCUUCCUUGCAGGAGUGGCCGUUUACUGCUACCGAGAUAUAUUUGUACGGAAAUCCAGAAAAAUACACAAAGAUGCAGAAUCGGCUCAGUCCUGUACAGACUCCAGUGGGAGUUUUGCUAAACUGAAUGGGUUAUUUGAUAGUCCCGUCAAAGAAUAUCAGCAAAACAUUGAUUCGCCUAAACUGUACACAAAUCUGUUGAGUAGCAGAAAAGAACUGCCACCGAGUGGUGAUACAAAAUCUAUGAUAAUGGACCACAGAGGCCAGCCUCCAGAAUUAGCUGCGCUUCCUACUCCUGAAUCCACGCCAGUACUGCAGCAAAAGACACUGCAGGUUAUCAAGAGUCAGUCAGACAAGGCACAUAGCAAUCUCAAUGCUUCAAGAAAAGAAACCCCUCUAAAAAGCCCUCAAUUUUUCCCUUCUAGUCCCCCACCCCAUUCUCCAUUAAGUCACGGACAUAUUCCCAGUGCUAUUGUUCUUCCCAACGCUACCCAUGACUACAACACAUCUUUCUCAAAUUCUAACGCACAUAAAGCAGACAAAAAGAUGCAAAAUAUUGAUCACCCACUUACAAAACCGUCAAGCAAAAGAGACCACAGGCGAUCUGUUGAUUCCAGGAACACCCUGAACGAUUUUCUGAAACAUUUAAAUGAAACUCCUAAUAAUCCCAAAUCAAUUAUGGGAGACAUUCAAGUGGCUCACCAAACUUUAAUACUGGAUCCAAUGGGAAAUAUGUCUGAGAUUCCACCUAAAGUUCCUAACAGGGAGGCAUCUUUAUACUCUCCUCCAUCUACUCUUCCAAGAAAUAGUCCAACAAAACGAGUGGACGUCCCUACUACCCCAGCAGUACCAAUGACUUCUUUAGACAGACAAAGGGGCUAUCACAAAAAUUCUUCACAAAGGCAUUCAAUAUCUGCCUUGCCUAAAAACUUAAACUCACCAAAUGGUGUUUUGUUAUCCAGACAGCCUAGUAUUACCCGCGGGGGAUACAUGCCUCCUGCUACAGGCACAAAGAUGGACUACAUGCAAGGGACGCCAGUCAGCGUUCACCUACAGCCUUCUUUAUCCAGACAAAGCAGUUACACAAGCAAUGGAACCCUUCCUCGUACAGGGAUAAAGAGGACACCAUCCAUAAAACCUGACGUGCCACCAAAACCCUCAUUCGUUCCUCAAACAACUUCAGUCAGACCACUGAACAAAUACAGCUACUAGGACUUGUAUAUUCUGUUCGAGUGUGGUAUGGACCAGUACAGGUUGUGGGAAGAUGUUGUGGGAGAGACAUAAGACAGAGACUUGCUUGUAAUUAAAGAGAACAAAGUGGCCAAAGAAACUGUCUUUACUUCAGCAACAUCUAUGUCUUGCCACACAUUGCUACAGCAAGACUUGCUAAAAUAAACAAAGGAAGGUGCUGGUCAUUACAUUUCUUUUGUUUGGAGCUAAGGAGACAUGUAGCACAAUGGGAAUGGGGGCUACUUUACUGUUCUAACUAGCUGGUAAAGUACUUGGAAAUAUCUGUAAGCAAUUACUUGAAAAUGGGUUCCAUUUUAGACUGCCAAUGUGUGUGGUCUUCCCAUUAAAUGUGAACAUUUUAGUAUGUAUGCAUUCACCUUGCCUCUUGCACAAAUGUCAGAAAAUGGUAAUGUCUCAAUGAAUAUCUGGGUUAAUAAGCAAUUUGCUGAAAUUCAGUCUGUGGCCCAACAGUAGCAUUGUAUGUUUCCAUGUUUGGCAUUUUGUUUAUGCCACAGAUAAAGCUGUGUGUGUGUGUGUGUGUGUGUGU